UCUAUUGAAUCUGAUGAAGCGUAUAUAAAACAAAUAAGAGUUGUUAUUAAACCCUCAUUCAAGCCUAACUCAUCUCAUAGCUAAAGUCCUCCAAUUUUGAAUUUCGUUGAAAAAGUUCUGCAUAAUGUUUCAGUUAAUCGUAUUCUGUUUACUUCCAUUAUGCAUCUCCUGUGCCAUCAGCUGGGAAGACUGUGGAAAAGCUGAUAGAUCUUUGGUUUUUAGGAAGUUGAACUUCAAGAGGGAAAAUUUAGUUAUCGAUGGAAGGAGUCCGAUUGAAUUUGGAAUUGACUUCAGUUUACUUGAUCCAAUGGUCAAAGAAGUUACAAUGAGUUCUGAGUUGAGAAGACACUUUAACAUUUUUGGUUAUAAAAACAGCGUUUUGCUUCCUUGUAUCAACGACGUUGGAAGCUGUUCUAACAAUUUCUGCCAUAUGGUCGCUUCGAACGCAAUUUUUGCUCGUGCCGUCGCUACUCAAUUAAAAGUGCCUUUUGAUUGUUUAAUGAAGUCAGGUCGAUAUGCAGGCCAUGUUACUUAUCCAGUUCCAUUGGAUGGAUUCAAACCAUUACUUUCUGCUUUUAGUUGGGCAGCUUCGGGUAACUAUGAGCUUAUUGUUCGAUGGUACUUACAGGGUGCCGAGAUUGGAUGCCUUGCUCUUUCAGCUGAUUUACAAAUUGAUGUAUAACCUUCUCCACUUCACCUCAUUUGCCUCACUAACUUACAUGUCGGUGAAUAGCAAGUAACUGUACAAGACAAAUCUCAAAAAUCUUGUGGAAUAAACACAAUAAAGUUUCCAAUGAAUGCAAUCA